CUGGUCUUUUCAGGUUUUAUUUCUGUCUUCUUGUUGAGAUCUUUCAAUGAAGUACAGAGAUAGAGCUCCUUAGGUACAGAUGCCACAGCAGGCAUGUUAAUGUUGUUACUUAUGUCCCUUCUAGGAUGUUACAGCUUCUCAGAAGUCUCUAUCAAUAUUGUUCGCCGCGGGGUCUCGCUGCCACAGCCCGCCGGCCCGGGGCAGGCCCAUGUCCGAGCGGGGCUGCCGCGGAGACCUCGCUAGGCUGCCAUGGCUGCUGGGGCGGAACUCGGCGGCGUUCCUCGCUCAGCUCCCUCCCCGCCGGGCCUCCGCUCCCCCGCGGGGGCGGGGACUCUCGGCGCUCCUAUCGGGGCCGCGGGGCCGGGCUCGGUGCGGGGGAAGCUGCGGGAGAGCCGGGCCCGGCUGCGGGACCGCCACCCGCGGUGCCUUGCCCAGGCUCGGCCCGUGGCUGCGAGCCGGGAGCGGAGCGGGGCCGAGGCCGCCCUGCCCCGCCGCCAGGCCCCCGGGGGCUUCGCACCUGCCCGGCUUCGCUUCGUCUUACCCAGGAAAAUACUGCAUCGACUGGGGAUGAUCAGCGGAGGCGGUUAGAGCGACUGGAGGUGAGCUGUACUCUUCCUGCAACAUGCUUGAGUAGAACAGGGCCAGGAUCCUCUAUAGAAUGAAGCUUGCAAAAGACAGAUCCUCUUCUUCAGGAAAAUCAGGUGGCUGUGACACAGGGAGGUCAUGAAGGUGCAAAGAAGAUGCCUGUUGAGCGUCACACUAGCUGUUGUGCAAAAUGGAUUCCCAGUCUGUUUUGUCCAAAGGGACCUUUUACUGCUUCUCUUACACAGAGUUAGAAAAUCCUUUGGUCUUACUUGCACGUAACCAUACAUAUAAGCUGUAUAUAACCAACCAUAUAUAGAAAGGGGAGGACCUGCCUGUACAAUUAGUUUUACCGUAUUCAAAAACUUGUUAAAACAUGCUAAUGUGUUGAUUGUGUUAUAACAUGCUGUGGUGUUGCCUUAGGUUAAAACACUUUUUCCUAUCUUCAUAUGUUACUGUAUGGAAGUAUUGAAUAAA